GACUCCUUCAUCCAGCUGCCCGCCCCCGGGGGGCUGGAGGACGGCUUCGCCGAGGUGACCCCCGAGCAAGUCCGGCAGGAGAUCGAGUGUUGCAAGGAACUUUGUAGUGCUCUGGAGCAAGACCACGCAAAGCUACAAAUGGCUAAGGAAGCUGUAGAGCAAAGGACACGAGACCUGAGGAAAGAGGGAGAACUUCUUCAUAAAAAUCUUGAGCAACAAAUGUCUUUAAACAGAGAUGAAGAGAGAUCCUGCCAGGUGGGCAUUUUUUUAGCAGGGGAGGAGAAGAACAGACUGAGGCAGGAGAAGCAGGUGCUGAAAAAGAAACUGGAAGAAGUGAGGAAGAGGGUCCUCUGGGAGGAUCCGGUGACGAUGCUGCCUGCCUUGCCAGAGAAGAAAAUGGUGUUUAAGGGACUUGUGACAAACAAGGAGGACGUGAACAAGCUGAUGCUCACCCCACUGAUCCACUACCCUCUGCUGGGGGGCUCAGCUCUCAUCACCUUUGAGAGAGCGGAGGUGGCCCAAAGGAUCAUAGAGGUGAAGGAGCACAUGGUGGAGCUGAGCUACGGGGAGGAGCUGGAGGAGCUCGACCAGUGCAGGGUACGAGUACAGGCAGCACCAGUGGAUAUAUUGCUGCCGUCUGCCCUGGAGAUCGGGCUCACUCGGAGCAGCAGGAGCAUCCUCGUGUCUGAUCUGCCCAGCCUGGGCAUCCCCGAGGAGGCACUGCUGGACAAGCUGGAGCUCUUCUUCAGCAAGACGAAGAAUGGGGGUGGCGAGGUGGAGAGCAGGGAGUUCCUGGACGACUCUGGCCAGGUGGUGCUGACCUUCGCACAGGACGGAGUGGCAGAGCCACUAAUUGCGAGAGGGCACAUCCAGGUGCUUAUUGGGAAAGGAAAAUACAAGCUCAAAAUAUCACCCUGCAUGAGUGGAGACAUCACUAACUUGCAGCUCAAGCCUUCCCGCUGCCCCAGGACCGUCCUGCUUUCGGGGAUCCCAGACGUGCUUGGUGAGGAGGCCAUGAGGGACACCCUGGAGAUCCACUUCCAGAAGGCCAGCCGCGGCGGGGGAGAGGUGGACGCCCUGGCCUACGUCCCGGCCGGAAGACAGGGUGUGGCCGUUUUCAUGGAGGACCUGGGCUAG